UUCGCCCCAUGCCAAGAUUGCCGAAAUUCGGCCGAAAUCCAUUUUUCCGGCCGAAAUUGAAAACACAGGGUCUGACACCUAGCAUCUGAUUUGUUAGGUUCUUUUCCCCUCCAAUUCGUGCGUGGUGGACCCGAAAUCACAAAUGGAUCCCGAUUAUUACUCUUCCUGGUUGAUUGAUUCCCAGGUUGGCUCAAUCUAAUCGAUCACCAUCGUCGAUCGCGGCUGCCGACUACUGAUCGAUCUGCUCUUAGCGAUGGCGGCUGCUGCGACCCGAUCGCCGGAGGAGCGAUCCAAGACCACCGGCGGUGACGACGUGCAGGACGAGGAGAGACACGCCAAGAAGACGAGGACCACCCUGGAAGACGACGACGGCGACGAGGAGGAGUUGGAGAUCUCUUCUCCGCUCCGCGAGCCCUACCUUCCCAAGGAGGUAGACAUGCGCGCCAACCCGCAUAUCCUCGCCGCCUACAAGCUCGCCCAAGACAAAUUCCAGGAUAAACGAGAUCGCGAGGAGAAGCUGCUGCCCACGCGCCUAUCAUUCCGCUUCGGAGCGUCGCCCGUCCUCAUCCCUGACUCAGGGAGGAAGGCUGUGCUCUCCGCCGCCGGAUCCAUCAUCCGCCUCUCCUCCUCUCUCGGUGGCGAUCCGCUGGCGCAGUCCGCCGGUUUCUGGAUCGAUUGGGACGAGGGGAGCAAAACCGGCAUUGUUUUAACAACCGCGCAUCUGAUCCGCGCCAACAAGCCGCUGCCCAAAGACUACUGGGCGAAAAAAGACCGGUACCAGUAUCAUCCCGGUGCUCAAGUUACUGCUCACUUGCUCGACGACACCACCGCCGAGGGCCGUCUGCUCUAUCACGAGGAGCAUUACGACCUUGCUUUCUUUAGGAUUGCAAUGGAUCAGAGUGUUCAAUUAGCCUCUUUCGCUGACACGUUCAACAGCGGUCAGCAGGCUUUGCGGCUUGGAAGAGAUGGGAAUUUGAUUUUAAGGAUAACUCAUGGCAAGGCGAUGCAAGAUGACGACGUGUAUUUUUCUCGGGAUAAAAAAUACGAGGAGGCGGAGACACGAAGGAGAGAGAGUGCGCAGAGGGGAUCGGGAUAUACUUUAUAUGCAUCGGUUCCCAAGUCUGAGUUACAUUGCGACAAUGCUGGAGAGCUGGUCAUUGACUUCGAUGGAAAGGUUGUGGGGAUGAUCAACGACUGUAAAAGUGUGUCCUUUGUUCCGUUUUUCAUUCUGAAUAGGUGCAUGGAACUGUGGAGGAAUUUUGGGUGCAUCCCUCGGCCCCACCUUGGAUUGCAGUUUAAGGCCCUCAAGUUUCUAGAUCCCUCACAUGUUGAGUACAUAUGGCGCAAGCUAAACAUUGAUGACAGUCUUCUUGUUGAAGAGUUGUCGAUGGGAUCUCAUGCUGAGAAAGUUGGAAUCCGAGUAGGUGAUAUUAUUGGAAGCAUUGAUGGAGAACGGAUUUCUACCAGAAUUGAGUUGGAAAAAAAAUUGUUGAGCAUAUCAAUGGGCAGUUUUAAUGGGGGAAAUGACAUUAAUGCCAAAGUGGACAUUUCUGUCCGGGUAUUUCACACAAACAACCGUCUUUGGAGGGAAAAACAUUUAAAUGUUAAUAUAUCGGAUCAUCGAGAAGUAGCUGAACAAGCUUUUUAUAUCAUCACUAAUGGAGAAGGGGUUUCUCCCCCUGUAUCACCUGACCAAGUUUAAUCAGACUCGGAUUCGGACAAGUCACUUUGUUGUGCUUGCACUAGUUCAUAUGAGGGUUCAUGUCUUCAAAGUAAUCUUUUUGUACAAUGGAGGGAUAGCAUCUAGAAUAAGAAGACAAGAUUGUUCAGCCAAGUCCUAUAUUUCAAGGUCUUACAUAUGCCUAGUUAUCUAGGGGAGCUGAGACCAAGAGUUUCAACGCUAAGUGGGGGCCCUUUUUAAUAACUUUAAGGCAGACCCGCCACAUGUAAUAUUAUUGUUGUUGUAUGGAUGCCCACAUGAUAUUUUAGGUGCCAUUUUAAGAGUAUCAAGAAAUGUGAUGUUU